GGGAAUGAUUGUCUGAUAAAAAAGGUUUGUUUCAAGGUCUUGCAUUUUUAAAAAUUUCAUUGAGCUGGCUGCUGUGCAAUAAGGGUGUUAGACAUCGUCAAUGUGCUGAUGGCAUUUUACAUCAUGUUAAAAGCAGCUGCUCCAGUGUGUGAUCCUGAAUACCCCUGCUGUGUAUUGAGCUGUAAUAAUGCGCACAAGAGCUGAUGCAUGUGUUUUGGGGGGUGGGGGGUGGGUGCAGAAAAUGAAAUCAGCAUCUUGGGAGCAGCUGCCCCAAAUUUGAGCACAUUCAGUGAUCCAGUGCACUGCAAUACACAUACUGUCCUGCUGAAUUUGUGGCCAGUUGUUUAACGCUAUUGAUGCAUUCCCAGCGUAGAGGUCCAUAAGCACGUCUCUGUGUGCCGAAGAGCAGCCAGCCGUGCGUGAGCUCAUGGGUGCCACCUGGCUUUGCAAGUAGAGACUGGCCCCAGUGGUUCCCUUCACUUUGUGCAACCAAGUGGAUCUUGCCAAAUUACAAAACAGAUUUUUUGCAUAAGAUUUUUUUCCAACUAAAAGAAAAAAAAAUGUUAUGAGACACUUUAGUAGUGAACUUGCUCUCGAGACUUAAAUCCUGAAUAUUAUCUCUGCACGUAUGAGGAGAGUCUUGUUGCUGCAGGUGCUCUCGCUCUGGGUUCGGCCCAUCUGGAGAGCAAGAGAAGCACCAGCGUUCGUUUGCCUUGCUGUCAGAGCACAGACUGCUCCGAGGGUGUCAACGGAGGCCACACUUCACAUGGGGCUCGAUGUGCGAAAGAGCUUUAAACUCACAGCAUGCCGGCAUACUUCUGCAAAGCCUGUAUGUCAGGACCUGUGUCUGAGUGCGAUCCAGCGUGUGAGAAACUCUGUACGUGGUCGUUUUACCGAAGACCACAGGGCCGCCUGUCCUGAGUGGGAGUGAGCGUGUGUGUUUGUGUCUGUGUUUCCAUGUGUGCGGCGAUCUGUUGUGGUAGAAUGUGUCAGGGUUUAAUCUUCCCUGGGCAGUUAAGGUGCCUCUUCCAUAUAAAGCAAUCUCUGUGCCCUUUGCUCAGGCACUGUCUAAUCAGCUGUCGAGCAAAGUGUAGCUCCAGAGCCUUCAGGCACAGGGGCAAGCGGGCGCGGCGCAGUCUGCAGCAGACCCAGUCCAGGGCACACGGGACAGGCAGCAAAGCCAGACUGAAGUACAGGCGAAGGAAACACCGUCCCACCCGUUUCAGCCUGAUUCUCUGGAACGUCCCUCCUCGAAUCAUAAACUUUGCCGCACCAGACCAAUUUAUGUCUUCGGUGCUGUGAAAGUUGCCCGGUGUCGGGUCCCCUCACGACGGAGCAGCGCUGCCCGUCCAGCGGCCCCUGAGACAACAGCAGGCUGCUUCGCUGCUCUUGGGCGGCUCGGCGGGGGCGGGCGAUGGGCGAGCCGGAGACGGCGAACGGCGACCUCAUCGAGGAGCUGAUGGAGCUGACGGCGCAGAGCCUGAGCACCCUGGAGAUCGCCGAGCACUUCAACAUCAUCAAAGAGAUCGGCCGGGGCAAGUACGGCCGGGUGCUGCUGGUGACCCACCGCUGCCGAGGCACCCCCAUGGCCCUCAAGGUGAUGCCCAAGGCCUCCACUAAGCUGCAGGGCUUCCUGCGGGAGUACUGCAUCUCCCUGCACCUGGCGCACCACCCCUGCAUCGUGGGGCUCUUCGGCAUCGCCUUCCAGUCCCAGGAGCACUACGGCUUCGCCCAGGAGCUCGUCAUCGGGCAGGACCUCUUCGCCGUCAUCCGGCCUCGGGUGGGCAUCCCCGAGCCGGCGGCCAAGCGCUGCGCCCAGCAGAUCGCCAGCGCCCUGGAGUUCAUCCACGGCCGCGGCCUGGUGCACCGCGACGUCAAGCCCGAGAACAUCCUGCUGCUGGACCGGCACUGCCGCCGCGUCAAGCUGGCCGACUUCGGGCUGGCCCAGCGGCGGGGGGCCAUGAUCCGGCUCAUCUCCGGCACGCUGCCCUACAUGGCGCCCGAGCUGUGCGCGGUGCAGGCCGAGGGCGCCCCCCCGCUCCUCGUGGAGCCCACCCUGGACACCUGGGCCUUCGGCGUGGUCCUCUUCUGCAUCCUGACGGGCUACUUCCCCUGGGAGCGCUGCACCCCCACCGACGACUUCUACCAGGAGUUUGCCGAGUGGCGCCAGGCGGGCGAGGGGGAGGGGGCACCGGAGGACGUCCCGUCGCAGUGGCAGAGGUUCAGCCCCCCGGCGCUGGCCAUGUUCCGCGGGCUGCUGGCGCUGGACCCCGAGGAGAGGAGCCCGGCGGGCGAGAUAUAUCCGUGGCGGCGGUGGGCGCGCCGGGACCCGCCGCCUCGACAGAUGAAGACGUCCGCGCCUGACCGCCCCCUGCCGCGCGGCUCGGGUUUCCGUUCCGAAAGCGGCGCGGCGCUGCGCGAGCGGCCCGGGGGCACCUGGCGCUGUGCUGACGGACACCCCGCGUCUGAGGGUCGGGGGCGCAGCGAGUGCGCGCCGGGGGCACGGUCUGGACUGCUGCCCAGCCGGGCUGCCCUCCCGCAGCCCAGCGGCUGCAGGCCAUACUUGAACCCGAGUCGAAUUUCAGCCAAGACAGGCUUCAGUGUGCUGCAGUGCCCCGGGACUUAA